UUUUGGCAGCUCUCUAACGCCAUCACCUUGUUCAGACUAACUGGGCACCCGGAUUGCAAAGAAUGGCAGGUGUUGAUGUGUGGCUUUGCGUUCCUUGUCCUUUUCCUUGGAAACUUCCUGACAACCGUCAGAGUCAUUUACCAGAAACAGAAACAAAGAGAAGGAAAAGUUAAAAGUCUGUGAGCGACAAAAGUGAAUUAUGUUUUGAUUAUUACCAAUUCAUUGAAGAGGUUGCAUAUAUAUUUGUUUGGCUGUGAUGUGAUUACAUAUUAUCUUAUGUCAUGCUGGAUAGAAUCAGAGCUGUACAGACUGGCUCAUGAGAUUGGAGAUCAGUGUGCUUGUGUGUGAGAAGUGUUUCAAGACCUGACGACUGAAAUUGUACAGCCAUCAGCAUCAGUGAGUGUCAGCCUGGAUCAGGUGUUAGAACUGUUACCUCUCAAGUCAGGAGGCUGUGGGUUCAAGCCCCCAAGUCAGGAAUUGGAGCUCAAAUAGUGUCAAGUCAAGGCUGACACUUUACUGAGUCACUGCUGGCCUUGGAGCUGAAUCCCAGUCGCUGGCAUCUCACUCCCAGAUUCCAAACAUUUGAUUAACAUUUUAGCUUUAAAGCCUUGACUGAUUGAUAUCUCGAUAGCCUUGACUGAUUGAUACCUCGAUAGCCUUGACUGAUUGAUAUCUCGAUAGCCUUGACUGAUUGAUAUCUCGAUAGCCUUGACUGAUUGAUACCUCGAUAGCCUUGACUGAUUGAUACCUCGAUAGCCUUGACUGAUUGAUACCUCGAUAGCCUUGACUGAUUGAUACCUCGAUAGGACAAGAUUUUCACAUUUACUGCAGCUUUUGUUUCCGUUUUGUCCCAACCUUGAAUCCUGAGCUGCAGUCACAGUGGAGGAAAAGCUUGCACUCGAAUCACACUCGAAGGCAACAUUCUGGACAAUAACAAGAUUGCAAAUUUUAAUUAAAAGUACAUUGUAUAUUAAGAUUUUAGUUCUCUAUUGUAACAGAACAAUUAUUGCCAAAUAAAAAUGAAAGCAUUUUGCUGAUCUUAUAUAAAAGUACGACAUGCAGUUUA